UCCGCGGGCCGGGCCUCCGCUACCCGGGGACCCAGGGUGGCGGCGGGCGGGGGAGGGGCCGGGGCCAGGCGGCGCAUGCGCGGGGCUCGGGGCUCCGGCGCCCGCCGCGGACUUGUGUCCGGGAUCCCCGGGCCCAGGGGGCCAACCCGUGCUCGGCCUCGCCCCGAGUGCCGGGGGCCUGCCCGGAGCCCCGGCGUCCGUGGCUGUCGGCGGGGCUGCGCUGCGCGGCGGGCGAGGCCGGGGCCCUCAGAGCCUCUGGAUCCUUAGGUUGUCCCCUGGGAGGGAUGGCCCACCGGGCGGGGGCCUCGGGCGCUCCCUUCCCUCGGCGCGGUCGAGUUUGGGCGUCACCGACUGGGGGUGGUGGAGAGCUGGGGAGAAUCCAGAGGACGUAUCGCAGUCGUUUCCUCCUUUACCUUCUCCGUGCCAAGGCUGCCGUGAAAGGCCCUCCCUCCCCUGGGAAGUAACAGUUUGUGGCACAAGCGCAGAACCCAGACGUUGGCAUCCCAGGUGAAAUAGAAGGAUGAAACUGGAGUGCAGAGAGGGAACUCUUCUUGCCUAGCAUCGUGCUGUUUGGCGAUUGGUCGGAGCACGUUGCGAGAUCAGUGCGUCUGUCGCGAUGGUGGACACGGAAAGCCCGAUUUGCCCUCUCUCCCCUCUCGAGGCUGAUGAUCUGGACAGCCCGUUAUCAGAAGGAUUCCUGCAAGAAAUGGGAAACAUCCAAGAGCUCUCGCAGUCCAUUGGUGAGGACAGUUGCGGAAGCUUUAGUUUUACAGAAUACCAGUAUUUAGGAAGUGGUCCAGGAUCAGAUGGAUCUGUUAUUACAGAUACCCUUUCACCCGCUUCGAGUCCCUCGUCAGUCACUUAUCCUGUGGUUCCUGGCGGCACCGAUGAAUCUUCCAGCACAGCAUUGAACAUCGAGUGUAGGAUCUGUGGGGACAAAGCCUCGGGGUACCAUUACGGAGUUCACGCCUGUGAAGGCUGCAAGGGCUUCUUCCGGCGGACGAUUCGACUGAAGCUUGUAUAUGACAAAUGUGAACGUAGCUGCAAGAUCCAGAAAAAGAAUCGAAAUAAGUGCCAAUAUUGUCGUUUUCACAAGUGCCUUUCGGUUGGGAUGUCCCAUAAUGCAAUUCGCUUCGGACGAAUGCCAAGAUCUGAAAAAGCAAAACUGAAAGCAGAAAUUCUUACAUGUGAACAUGACAUGGAAGACACCGAAACCGCAGAUCUCAAGUCUCUUGCCAAGAGAAUUUACGAGGCCUACUUGAAGAACUUCAACAUGAACAAGGUCAAAGCGCGAGUCAUCCUCGCAGGGAAAGCCAGCAACCAUCCACCUUUUGUCAUACAUGACAUGGAGACAUUGUGUAUGGCUGAGAAGACUCUCGUGGCCAAGUUGGUGGCCAACGGCAUCCAGAACAAGGAAGCGGAAGUCCGCAUCUUCCACUGCUGCCAGUGCACGUCCGUAGAGACCGUCACGGAGCUCACGGAAUUCGCCAAGUCCAUCCCCGGCUUCACAAACUUGGACUUGAACGAUCAAGUCACUUUGCUGAAAUAUGGAGUUUAUGAGGCCAUAUUUACAAUGCUGUCUUCCGUGAUGAACAAAGACGGGAUGCUGGUAGCAUAUGGAAGUGGUUUUAUCACUCGUGAAUUCCUAAAAAGCCUGAGAAAACCGUUUUGUGAUAUCAUGGAGCCUAAGUUUGAUUUUGCAAUGAAGUUUAAUGCACUGGAACUGGACGAUAGUGAUAUUUCCCUUUUUGUGGCUGCUAUAAUUUGUUGUGGAGAUCGUCCUGGCCUUCUAAACGUGGGACACAUUGAAAAAAUGCAGGAGGGUAUCGUGCACGUGCUCAAACUUCACUUACAGAACAACCAUCCCGACGACGUCUUUCUCUUCCCAAAACUUCUUCAGAAAAUGGCAGACCUCCGGCAGCUGGUCACGGAGCACGCGCAGCUGGUGCAGAUAAUCAAAAAGACCGAGUCUGAUGCAGCUCUGCACCCGCUGCUGCAGGAAAUCUACAGGGAUAUGUACUGAUUUCUUGUAAAUGAACAAAAAAGAGAAACUUUUCGAGGUUUUUAAAGUUGACAGCACUACAAAUGACAAUUGGGAGCAACGCAACUUUGCACAAACAUCCACCAUUUUAACCUUAGAGAAUGGAAAGUGUAAGCUGUAGGUAACCAGAAUCCUAGUCCACAAAUUUCUUUCUUUUUUUAAUCAGUACUUCUAAGAGCAUGCAAAGAAUUGAGAUGCUGGUGAUAAGUGGCUAAUAGUCAGGACUUGGAAAAUUAAGGAGAAUGAUGUUCAGUAGUCUGAUUUUAACGCGCCUGAUGUUAAUCAAUGCAGAUUUCUUUAUAUCACACUAGAAAUGUACCGUUGAAUCCACCGGCAACCUCCACAUGUGGUCGGUCUUCCCAUUUUACCACACUUUGGCUAUCAUGCUCCUGUGUAAUUUUGAGAACUAAUCAGCACUUUUAAACUUUUAUAAUCCUGUAAAUCUAGUUGUAUCCAAAGGUUAGGUAUUUAAAAAGCAGCAAAAUAUUUAUUUGGAAGACUUCAAUUCUGUUUCCUGAAUUUGAAGAAAGACAACAGGCUGUUUUUUAAUCAUAGGAUUUCGAGUUUCAGAGAAUUCUUUGAUAAGCUAUUAGGAUGCACAGUCAUUCUGUUUUCGGGUCACUGUUUUCGUGGUCGCAGUGAAUACGUGGAAAAGCCAGUUUCCAGAUUUGCGUAAAAGAUCCUGGAAAACCACAUCUCAAGAGACCCCUCUGGACUUGACCAUGUGCCUGUGUAAGCCAGCGUCUGUGGCAAGCAGGUAAAGCAAACUCUGCAAGCGUGCCAGCCUCCAUUCCUCUCACCUCCACUUCCUGUCAGAUCUGAACUGACUGAGUCAGGCUGUUGGGGGCCAUGAUAGUGUUUUUAGGGGCAAACUGACAAGAUAUUUGUAAAUGUUCCUCUGGGCCCCGUGUGUCAAGGCAGCUCCUUGGUCUUUUCCAGUGUUGCUAUUUAAAAUAUGCAACUUUAUUUUUUUUAACUCUUGGUGGUAGUAGAUGCUCCCUGGAGUAGAGAAGGCGAGGCCAAUGGGACUUUAUAGGCUGGGCUGGGGUGAGGUGACCUGGAGAACGAGGCGGGGUACAAAGUCCUUCAAAGGGUGGUUUUACUUAGUCUCAGGAUUUGCAACAGGCUGGUUGUUUUUACAGAGAUUUAGAGAGUUAAGUCUCCUUUUCCAACCACACAUGUAAGGUGGUUUUUCCAACAUCUAAAAUAUCUGUUUCAGCCUUAAAGAUCGACUUCUCAACUUCGGUCCGGUUGUGAAAGCAGUGUGGAUUAUGCUUUUUGCAUAGGCCAUAUGGACCUGGAGACACUUUCUCUUUCUGGCCACCAUAGUAGAUAAAUUGUCCCGUGAGAGAGCUUUUGGUAGUCCCUCCCUCCAACCCAGACUGGGCUGAGCCUGCCAGUACUGUUGCCUCCCUGGGGUCACUGGACGCCUCACCAACAGCACUUACGAUCUGGUUGUACCCUCGAUGCCCCUCCCACGCCAUCUUAAGAAGAUUGGACUCUAGAAGGGCAUUUUAUUGCUGUUAAAGAAUUGAUUAAGAUUGAUAUUGAUAAAGUUCCCAAGAUCAGCAUUGUGAAAAUGCAACAGUAGAAAGAACAAUAAAACUGAGACUUGAACUAGAAAAAAACGAAAGUUACAAUUAGGACAUCCUUUUAAAAAUUGCACAUUUAGUGGUAUGUUUUUUUAAAGAUCCAAUCAAAGGAUAUGUUGGAAGCAAAUAAAAGUAUUUCCACAUAUAAAUGACACCAAUCAAGAAGUCAUCCUAAGUCAGAAAGGAGCUAAGCUUUGAGGCACAUGGCACAUCCAUUUCACCAUUCUUUCCUAAAAUGAGAAUUCCUUGGACUGAUGAGACUGGAGGGCUGUGGUUUGUCUGAGGUCGCAGGGUCAGUGGAUUCCAGUGCCAGGCCCGUGUUACCUCCAUUGACCACCAGCCUCUCGCUCUGGUGUACGCUCACAGAUGCCACUCAAGUGGACAAGGACUCGGAAAGUGAGCCUCAAGACCCAGGCUUUCAGAAAAGUCAUUCAUUCUGUUUAGAUUUUCAUAAAACCUAUCUAAAAUAGCUCCUUAUUUCCUGCUUUCUGCAGUAACAGUCAAGCUGACGGAAGACACAGGAUCUGCGUUAGUGGUCUUCGAGAGCACUUGGUUCUCUUGGGGCCUAGCUGGACUACCAGCAAGGAGAGGCCAGAAAGGAGGCCACAGGGACCUCGGCUUGAAUGUCAUUUGAUGCUGUUCACUUUUCUUAAUAGGACGAAAAUCACGUGUUCCCAUUCAUUUAAAAUAAUACAGCAUCAAUAAUGGCCACUCAGAAUAUUUUGGGUCACCUAAUCAAAGACUCCUCAUAGCAUCGAUAGUCAAAUAUAGACGAAUUAUUCACCAGUUCACUGAGCUGUAGUAUUUCACAUAGGAACUAUUGAAAGAGUGCUUGCUGGGUUUCAGUAGACAUCAGCACAGAGUACAACAGCAACUUCGUAACAGGCUCAGGAAGCUUCCGGCCACAGGCGUGCGGCCGCCGCCUCUGGUGGUGCAAGCAGGUCCUGCCUCCUUUUCACAGCUGUGACGGAUCUUCAAGUCACUGCUUGAACCUGGCCCUUCAUUUUCUCCACCUGUAAUAGCAAAACGUGCCAAACUCCUCAGAGACCACAAAGUUACCAAAAGCUUUUGUCUCAUGUGCUGAUGAGAAUGAAAGGAUAACUGGGGCUCAUCCGAGACGUGCCUCCUAACCGUGCCAGCCAGCUCUGGCUUGGGGUCCCACCUGGUUCUCCCACCCCAUCCCACAGCGUGUCCCUCCUUUUCCGCCUCCUGAGCGUUUACGCUGAAUUCUGCACCUGCCACCCCGCAAGAAGCCUGAGGGCUGCACGUGCUCGAGGCCAUUUCGGUGAAGUCCAGUAUUGCCAAAAAUAGGAGGCUCCCAAUUGCAUCAGCGAGAGCGGGAUUCAGGAGCAGUUGUCAGAGCACUAGUGAGCUGUUCCUCUCUUCCCACCUGCUCUCCAGUUUCCCUGUGACCUUCCUACAGUUGGCUCAUAAGUUGGCUCAUAAGUACAGAGCAGGUAUGGAUAUGCACAAAUAAUGAACAUGAAGUCGAGGAGAAAGAAACUCGGUGCUCAGUGCAUUCAAGAACGCCGGCGAGAGCUGUCCCUGUUUUAAAGGGAGUCUUUCUCUUCAUUUUAAGAGCACAGAACAUAUCUUUCUGCUUGUACUGAUGCGUUUCUUACAUAGGCCACCCAGAACUCUAAGGAAAUAAACGGGCUUGGGGACUGUGCGAUCCAGGGACGGGGUAGCAUCCUAAGAUCUGAGCAGAAGCUCAAGGCACAAGUAAAAUCUUUUGUUUGAUGUAUGAUAAGUAAACUAUUAAUUUAGCAACUAUUUUUUCCCCAAAUCAACAGUAUAACAGCUACCUCAAUAGACAUAUCACAAACCACUGUUAGAAUUAAGGUACACCAGCUCGGGGGCCCUAUGGUGCAUCUGCAGGCAGACCGUCUGUGCUCAGGGCUCAGAGGCUGCAUACUCACCUCUGCUUGUCCGCACGCUGAGAAAUGAGAAGUUAUGACUUUCUAAAGGAAAUUCUGUUGUUUAAAGGGAGCGUCAAAGAUACACACGUGCAGAAGUUGCUGCCCCGUUUUAGUGAGACUGAGCACGAGCAUGAUGCAGGGUCAGGAGAAGCAGUGAUGGUCUUGGUCUGCAGUGACCCGCCCACCAAGGGCCUCCCCCUCGUGUUCAACUAUGCCUGCUGGCUGUGUAGCUGUCCAGGGAGAGACUGCCGGAUGAGGAUGGAAGGAGAUGCCUCCAAGCAAACCUUAGGCGGAUGGUGACUUCCCGCCGUCUCACCCUGCUGGCAGCACCUGUCCCUCUGUGCUUGACUCCAGGCAUUUCCUGCCUCAUGCUCCCUUUUGCAAACCAUGCUGACACUGGGGACAUCUGAUGCUUAGCAGCCGGAUGCACAAUGGAAGGUUUUUUUGUCUUGACCCAAUGGCCGUGCCUGUCUUUGGAACAUCUUAAUGAACUCCUGUUUAAAUAUGGGUCCAUUGUUUCAACCAACCAAUCCGGCGCUCCCAGCUAAGACUGACUUGGCCGCGGGCCUGGCCUUUUGGGGGGCUUCCAUGGCCCCAGGGAAAGCCAGCCACCUUCAAAGUACCUCUUCAACCCUUGUGGCCUUUCAAAACACAGAUCCCACUAGGAAAACAUGUCAAGUGCUCACGACUCCCCAGCUACACCGCGGAUCUUCACAGCUCUCAAAGAAGGUUCCUGCCGUCUCCUGCAAUUCUCAGCCCUUUGAGGGGAUCAUCCCCAUUUUAAAGUGGAAACAUGCAGGCUCAGGGUGAAGGGCCGCCUGGCCCUGCAGGUCUCUGGCCCCCAGGUGUAGCGCACUUUCUCCACCUCCGCGCUCUUGCCAGCCGCUUACAGCCCGGCGAGUUCAGGCCCCGGCCCUCUCCUACACCCACGCUCUUGUGGGCCAGCCUGGUCAGCCUGACGCCGCUGUUCCUGGAGGAGUUACUUGCUUAAAGCCUUCCUUUUAAGCUCACAACAGUGGUGUGGAUCCAGGAGGGGCAAGGAAAUUCUAUUGCCCAUAGAAGGCACAAACUAAGAUGAGGCCACCAGUGGGGGCUUCCUGAGUAUUAAAAAGUGUCCCUGGAAGAUUUUUUCCACACCCAGCGUUUAUGGCAUUGGCACUGCCAGGCACUAGACGGUUCCAAAGCCAGACUCUGUAUUUGUUCUCAUUUUAAAAGUGGCCCAGCUCCUCUUAGCUCUUGGUCCAAGCUGACUCAUAGGGCUCCCCUGGGAUUAAGGACUCUUACCAACCAAAUCUUUGCAUCGAGUUGUCAGCUAAGGAGACUCUUGCCUUCCUGACAACAGCGACCUUCAGACGGCACAGUCUGAAGUAAAGUGUCCGUGAAUGGCUCUGUGGACAGCUCAGCUGUGCUGUCACCAUGAGGAGCAAAAGAAAGGGUGUGACAAAUGUUGACUAAUCUGCCUAAAGUGGGCUGGCAGCUCCUCGCUAACCAAGGAAUUCUUUGAUGCUGUUACGCUGUGUAGCGGCCUUCCUUUUCCUUUCUGAGUGCAAGGACUUUCCCCAGGGAAGCACUCCUCUGGAAGACCUUCUGCCCAGGAAGAUCUAAGAGUAGGCUCCAAAGAUUGAGGUCUAAGUUUUUGCUGAGAUUUAUACAUAUUUUAGGUGCCAUUUUAAUAGAAUUCAGGAAAAUGGUCACUGACCUCCAGCCUGUGAAACACACUAGAGUAAGAAUAAAGUGACAAAUCUGGUGUGACUCAAGACAUAGGAGAUCCAUAUAUUUCUCAGGAAACCACAAUACAAACUAAAAUGUGAUAUUGGAAGUUUUGUAAGAAAAAAAAAGACAGUCUUCAUGCUUUAGUUUAAAUAGUUGCAUGCUUUCCGUUAUGCUGUUUUUGUGGAAUGCAGCAGGUUCUUAAACUUUAUUUCAGUAGAGCGGGCUACAGGCUUAUUUCUUUAAGAAGCUGUGGUGCAGACCCGCUGGUUGGAACAGAAAGCGCGUGGCCGCCGCCCAGGGCUGCCUUCCGCACGGCCCUGUCCCAGCUUGAGGGGCCUGGGCUGCCUUCUCAGAUCUAGAGUGGGACUGGCCACUGACCGUCUGCUUCUCAGAAUCUCAGUUUGAAGCGUGAGAAAUAGAACCAUUUAUUUCCCCUCCCCAAGAAGGGGGAGCCAUAGCAUAUAAUGCGGUCCAGCUGAAAUACACACAGCCACAUCCUUUUGGAAUCCUUUGCCAAACAGAACAGACCAAACUGCAUCCAUGUGCAGUGUCACAUCUUGACUGAAGCAAUUGAGAACAUCAAGGCCUUCAGUGGCCCCAUGGCUAUUACAUGCAUUCUUUCAAAAAAAAAAAAAAAUGAAGAAACAUCAAUUUUUUACAUCAUAGAGAGGAAAUUAAGACCUGGGUCAGAUGUUUUAACUUAAAAUGUUUGCUAGUUUGGGUCAAAUGUGAAAACCUUCCAUGUCUUUCUCCAGAGAAGGGAAUUACCAGCCUCCUCCUCUCCUGCCCUUCUCCCUCCACCCAGCAUCUAAAAGUCAUUACUAGGCUGAGUGGAUACAGCAUCAUGGAAGCAGGUGCACAGCAUGAGCCCUGCCUCCUAGGACAAGGGGUGAGCUGCAAAACCAGGGGCACGUGGCCAGAGGGGCCUCAGGCCUUGACUCAGCCUCCUCGAGGCAGGGAGGUCAAGCUUCAGGCCUUGAAGACAAGUGAGUGACCAUUCUUUUCAAGGUAAAAUCAUUCACUUUUGGGAACUGUCUUCUCUUAAAGGCACAGAUGGUCUGUUCCUUUUUUUAAGGCCUGAAAAAAAAAGUACCUCACAAAAGAUGCAUACCACUCAGUCAUACCCUUUUCGGUAAGAUUACAGUAUUCGCGUUCGAGUAUCACUAUUUUUUUCUGCACUGUAUGGUGAAAAGAACUAUGUUAAUAGCUGUAUCUUAAAUACUGUGAUUUGAGGGGUUUUUAAAAUGCUAAUAUAAAUAUUUUACUAACUUACAAUCAUGCAUCUAAUAACAAAUGUUCGGGUUCUUUUGAAAUCAGUGUUAAUUGAUGUAUGCUCUUAAUAGCCUGGCUCUGGGACCUAUAGGAAACACAAAGGAAGCUGAAACGUCACAACUAAAAUGCAACUGCACACACACACACACACACACACACACACACACACACACACACACGUCCAAGCUUUUCAUCUCUCCUGAGCCACGUAGAAUUGUUUUUCACUGUACAAAUCUGUUUCAUUCAUCACACUUCACCGGCAAGCAGCACAGCGAGCCCAUCUCAUCAUUUCUACCGGCAAGGCCGCCUUAGGCCCAGGUCAGAAGUCAAUGUUGCACACAGCAGGGUCUCACCGAAGACCCUGACCCCUUCCUGCAUAGUAAGUAGCCAUCUGCUCUUCAGGAAGUUACUGCCUGUGGGUUUUUACCAAAGACUUUUCAAUUUGAAAAAUGCUUUCAGAAAUGAUUUGCACCAGCUGGUUCUCUGGCAGCCUCCACACGGCCCAACCCGAAGCAUAAAACAGAAACCACAGACUCCGUGAGUCUCCCAUGCGUUGUUUUCCAUCUUUGCAAAAUUCCGUCUUGAUGUGUAUCUGUCCCGCCCCUUCGGUCCACAGGGCCAUUGUGCUGAGACCCGCCAGGGAGAGUAUUUGACGGACACCCCAUCAGGACGGUGCAGGUUUCCAAAGCGAGACUGAGCUUGGUUUCUGGGCGUUUGUUUAUCGUUACUUUUCCUGGGUGCCUUACACUCUCGUAGUAUUCAGGGCUGACAGACCCUUUGUUUUUCGACCGAACAGGAGCAGUUCCAAAGGAGAUCUUCGUGAGCAGGCUCUGGUGUCCUCUGGGCAGGGGGCAUCCAGGGCCUCGGGAAGCAGGGGUGUGCAGAGAAGAGCAAUGGCAUCUUCCUCAUCACGUUAACUGAUAGUAGUUCCAGGCAAUUAGAAAAUGGCUAUAAAAUAACUUUAAUUUUUAAAAAAUCUUAUUCAUUUUCCCACUAGGAGAUUGAACUGAUCAUAUAUAUUGAUUUAUAUCCUGAAUUUGGGGGAACUCAUAUGUUUGGAAUGUCCUACUGUAAGACUGAUGAAUGUAAAGACUUAAUUUCAGGGUACAGUUUUGCCUUAAUGGUUUUAAAAAAAUAAACUAUUUUUUAAAAUUA